GCCGGCCCCGGCGGCUGCGCGGGCUGCGGAGUUGGGGCGCUGGGAAGAGGUUUUUGUUGUUUUUCCCCCCGCAGAGGCAGAUGGCUGUGGGCUUGGAAGCAUAACCGGCUCCCGCCCUUCGGGUUCGUGCUUGGCUCUGUUCUUGCACUGGGGGCCGUGGUCGCCAUGCGGUGAUGAGUGCGGGGGAGGACCUGGCCCGGAUCUCACGGCGGCUGGGACAUGGCCGAGCCCCUGCGGUGGGCCGGCUUCCACUGGCGGCGGCUCCUCGGUGGCGCCAGCGGGGACGACGGCGACAGGCGCUGCAGCUACUCGGCGCUGCUCGCCUGCGGGGCCAAGUCCUCUCGGCCCCCCAGGCCGGCGGGAAGGCACCGGGUCGUCGUUCCCCACCUCUGGCCCUUCAAGGACGAGCAUGAGAAGCUCUCGGGAGCCUACGUGAACAACCGGAUCCGAACAACGAAGUACACGCUUUUGAAUUUCGUGCCAAGAAAUUUAUUCGAACAGUUUCACAGAGCCGCCAAUUUAUAUUUCUUGUUCCUGGUGGUCCUGAACUGGGUGCCUUUGGUAGAAGCCUUCCAAAAGGAAAUCACCAUGCUGCCCCUGGUGGUGGUCCUUACAAUCAUCGCAAUUAAAGAUGGCUUGGAAGAUUAUCGCAAAUACAAAAUUGACAAACAGAUUAACAAUUUAGUGACUAAAGUUUAUAGUAGGAAAGAGAAAAAAUACAUUGACCGAUGCUGGAAAGACGUUACUGUCGGGGACUUUAUCCGUCUCUCCUGCAAUGAGGUCAUCCCUGCAGACAUGGUCUUACUCUUUUCCACCGAUCCGGAUGGAAUCUGCCACAUUGAGACUUCUGGUCUGGAUGGAGAGAGCAAUUUGAAACAGAGGCAGGUGGUUCGAGGACAUGCAGAGCAGGACUCUGAAGUUGAUCCGGAGAAGUUCUCCAGUAGGAUUGAAUGUGAAAGUCCAAACAAUGAUCUCAACAGAUUCCGAGGCUUCCUAGAACAUUCCAACAAAGAACGUGUGGGUCUCAGUAAAGAAAACCUAUUGCUUAGAGGAUGCACCAUUAGGAACACAGAGGCCGUUGUGGGCAUUGUGGUUUAUGCAGGUCAUGAAACCAAAGCGAUGCUGAACAACAGUGGGCCACGGUAUAAGCGCAGCAAAUUAGAAAGAAGAGCAAACACAGACGUCCUCUGGUGUGUCCUGCUUCUGGUCAUCAUGUGUUUAACUGGUGCCGUGGGUCAUGGAAUCUGGUUGAGCAGAUAUGAACACGUACUCUUUUUUAAUAUCCCUGAGCCUGAUGGACAUAUCAUAUCACCAGUGUUGGCAGGAUUCUAUAUGUUUUGGACCAUGAUCAUUUUAUUACAGGUCCUGAUUCCCAUUUCUCUCUAUGUUUCCAUUGAAAUCGUGAAGCUUGGGCAAAUAUAUUUCAUUCAGAGUGAUGUGGAUUUCUACAAUGAGAAAAUGGACUCUACUGUUCAGUGCCGGUCCCUGAACAUCGCGGAGGAUCUUGGACAGAUUCAGUACCUCUUUUCGGACAAGACAGGAACCCUCACUGAGAAUAAGAUGGUUUUUCGAAGAUGUAGCGUGGCGGGAUUUGAUUAUUGCCAUGAAGAAAAUGCCAGGAGGCUGGAGUCCUAUCAGGAAGCCGUCUCUGACGACGAAGAUCUUGCGGACGCGCAGGGCGGCGGGGCGGCCCCCGGCGGGCGUCCGGGAGGCGGGUGCCCGCGCCGGCUCGCCGGCGACGUGCCGGGCCCCAGGCAGGCGGCCUUCAGCAGCCCCAUGGAAACAGAUGUGGUACCAGACACCAGGCUUUUGGACAAAUUUAGUCAGAUUACACCUCAGCUCUUUACCCCACUAGAGGAGACCACCCAAAAUCCACCACUGGAAACUUUGUGCAUCAUCGACUUCUUUAUCGCAUUGGCAAUUUGCAACACGGUCGUGGUUUCUGCUCCUAACCAACCACGGCAAAAGAUCGGACGCCCUUCACUGAGUGGCAUGCCCAUUAGGUCUUUGGAAGAGAUUAAAAACCUCUUCCAGAGAUUGUCUGUCCGAAGAUCAAGUUCACCAUCGCUGGCCAGUGGGAAGGAGCCACCUUCUGGAGUUCCCAGCGCCUUUGUGAGCAGACUUUCUCUCUUCAGCCGAGCGAAGCUGACUUCCCCCGUGGAGGAAGAGGGCUCGCAGCUGAGGGAGAGCCCCCCGGGCGCGAGCAAUUCAGUCUGCUGCACGGAAACCGAGAGGGGAAAUUGUGGUGCUGGCGUCACGAAUGGCCAGGUGGGACCCGCUGCAGGACAGCCGCUGGCCUCCAGCCUGUGUUACGAGGCCGAGAGCCCGGACGAAGCGGCCUUAGUGUACGCCGCCAGGGCCUACCGAUGCACCCUGCAGGCCCGGACCCCAGAGCAGGUCAUGGUGGACUUUGCCGCUUUGGGACCAUUAACAUUUCAACUGCUACACAUCCUGCCCUUCGACUCAGUCAGGAAAAGAAUGUCCGUGGUGGUCCGGCACCCACUUUCCAACCAGGUUGUGGUCUACACAAAGGGUGCUGACUCUGUGAUCAUGGAGUUGCUCUCAGCAGCUUCCCCGGAGGAAGCAAGUCUGGAGAAACAUCAGCUGACAAUAAGGGAGAAAACCCAGAAACACCUGGAUGACUACGCCAAACAGGGCCUGCGCACUUUGUGUGUGGCGAAGAAGGUCAUGAGUGAUACUGAGUAUGCAGAGUGGCUGAGGAAUCAUUUUUUAGCUGAAACCAGCAUUGACAACAGGGAAGAAUUACUACUUGAAUCUGCCCUGAGGUUGGAGAACAAACUGACAUUACUUGGUGCUACUGGCAUUGAAGACCGUCUGCAGGAAGGAGUCCCUGAGUCUAUAGAAGCCCUCCACAAAGCCGGUAUCAAGAUCUGGAUGCUGACCGGAGACAAGCAGGAGACGGCUGUCAACAUAGCUUAUGCGUGCAAACUGCUGGAGCCCGAGGACAAGCUCUUCAUCCUCAACACCCAAAGUAAAGAUGCCUGUGAAAUGCUGAUGAGCACGAUUUUGAAAGAACUUCAGAGGAAAGGUCAAGCCUGUCCAAAGCAAGCAACAUUGAGCGUGGAUUUACUUCAGCCUCCCGCCCCCCAGGACUCGGAGCUACGGGCUGGACUCAUUAUCACUGGGAAGACCCUGGAGUUUGCCCUGCAAGAGAGUCUGCAAAGGCAGUUCCUGGAACUGACGUCUUGGUGUCAAGCUGUGGUCUGCUGCCGAGCCACGCCGCUGCAGAAAAGCGAGGUGGUGAAGUUGGUGCGGGGCCAUCUCCAGGUGAUGACGCUGGCCAUCGGUGAUGGUGCCAAUGACGUUAGCAUGAUACAGGUGGCAGACAUCGGCAUAGGGGUCUCAGGUCAAGAAGGCAUGCAGGCUGUGAUGGCCAGUGACUUUGCCGUUUCUCAGUUCAGACAUCUCAGCAAGCUCCUUCUUGUCCACGGGCACUGGUGUUAUACCCGGCUUUCCAACAUGAUUCUCUAUUUUUUCUAUAAGAAUGUGGCCUAUGUCAACCUCCUUUUCUGGUACCAGUUCUUUUGUGGGUUUUCAGGAACAUCUAUGACUGACUAUUGGGUUUUGAUCUUCUUCAACCUCCUCUUCACCUCUGCCCCUCCUGUCAUCUAUGGUGUUUUGGAGAAAGAUGUGUCUGCAGAGACCCUCAUGCAACUGCCUGAGCUUUACAAGAGUGGCCAAAAAUCAGAGGCAUACCUACCCCUCACCUUCUGGGUCACCUUGUUGGAUGCCUUUUAUCAAAGCCUGGUCUGCUUCUUCGUGCCUUUCUUUACCUACCGGGGCUCCGACAUUGACAUCUUUACUUUUGGAAACCCCCUGAACACAGCUGCGCUGUUCAUCAUUCUCCUCCAUCUGGUCAUUGAAAGCAAGAGUUUGACGUGGAUCCACAUGCUGGUCAUCGUCAGCAGUGUCGUGUCUUACUUCCUCUUUGCCUUGGCUUUUGGAGCCAUGUGCGUCACUUGCAACCCACCGUCCAACCCCUACUGGAUUAUGCAGGAGCACAUGCUGGAUCCGGUGUUCUACUUAGUUUGCAUCCUCACCACCUGCGUGGCUCUUCUGCCCAGGUUUGUAUACAGAGUUCUGCAGGGAUCCCUGUUUCCGUCUCCAAUUCUGAGAGCUAAGCACUUUGACAGACUCACUCCGGAGGAGAGGACCGAAGCUCUCAAGAAGUGGAGGAGGGCUGGAAAGAUGGAUCAAGUGACAUCAAAACAUGCUGAACCAUCAGCUGACCAGACAGGAAGAAGACCCCCGUCUGGACCUUCUGCUGUCUUUGCAAUGAGGUCAGCAACUUCUUGUGCAGUUGGACAGGGAGACACAUCUGUAUGUGAAACUGCUCUAGACCUGCGCUGCUCGGACACGGAGGCCUCCCAGGUGGCUGGACCUCAAAAGACUAAGCAAGCAGGAAGCCCUCCUUGAAGCUGAAGUAGCCUUUCGAGUUCGGAAGAGGGAUUUUGAGAGGCACCUCUACCAAACAAGAAUGACUUGGAUUUUUCCAUGAGGGACAUGAGCAUUUUCCUAGGCUUGGGGAAGCUGACAGAAUGACCCUUCUUGGUAUAUUAGUAUAUAUAUUCAUAAUGGAGAGGUAGAGUUUGACCUGGACAGAGUUUAGGGAAGUGAAAUAUUUAAUUCAGAAUCAAAUGCUUUUAUGAAACUUUUUGGAUUUUAUAAAAGCAUUUUAAUUGUCUUAGAAAUGCAAACAUUUUAAAGGGGAGUCAUUUGAGAUAUAUUUAUUUUACAAGGAGAUCUCAUAUUCUUGGGGAAUACUUUAAAUGAGCUGGCUCCGAUCUGAAUUAUUUUUAAUUGAGAAAAAAGUACUUUUGAGUUAAGACUCAGAAAUUAUUUCCAUAUGGAAAAAAUGUUAUAAAUGGUUAAUUUACAGAUAAACUUCCAAUAUCCUUUUAAACAACAACGUACCUAAAAUAGAGUAUAAUUGUACUGCUUAAAACACAGUUAAAAUGUGUGAGACUUACCUCACUGCUCAUUUCAGUGUUCUCGUAGGGUGGAACCUUCGUUGGGAAGGGGCAGGAAAGAUAGUUCGGGUUCUACAGCUACAAGGAAUGUGUUCCUCUCCCAGCUUCCAGACAAGAGAAGACUUUUCGUGAGGGCUGCCUCAGCACAGAUGUUGUCAGUGAGGAGACUGAGGCCGUAGGUCAGGCAGACAGCGUCAGCUGGACCUGUGACCACUGGGCAAUUUCCCGUACUCUAAAACUGACAACAGCCCUAUUGAAAUGAUACCAUUAAUUUCAAAACAAUCUUCUAGAGACCACUUGAGGGUUCAUUGUUUACACAAUAUCCUACAACUUUUCCAUGUUGUAGCGUUUAAGAAAUGGGAUAUUGAGACUAAUAGAGAUUGUUCUCAGGAGGUUUCUAUGAGGUUCUUAGAAAAAUUCGUUUUUUUAAUGCAUUUGAAGCCAGGAACGUCUAUAGCAAGUUGACUUCCAUGCAAUCCUGUAUGCUGACUUUAGUUGGAGCAAAGAAACUAGUUUAUGCUAAGUAAGGCCAGGUGCUAUUAUAACAUCAUGUAUUCUUGCUGAAGUCCUUUUGAAAUUCUGCCUCUGUUAUCUAAAAGCUGUCAGUCAUCAAUCAUCCAGAAUCUCCUUCAUGAAUCGCCAUGCUAAUGUUCAAUGUCUACAUCAAGGUCUUCUUAAUGACUAUUAAACUGUUAUUCUCAGGGUUUAAUCUUGUACCCGUUGCCUAUUAUCAUGGUCUGACUUUUUUUUUGUAGCCUUCUGAUAUUAUUGCAUAUAGUCUUUUAUACAGACUGAUUUCUAGAACUUUCAAAAUCCUAUAUGACAAAUCAAAGUCGCUUUCUACUUCCUUAUGAUUUUUUAAAAUAAACUGUUUAAUAAAUAAUGUGUACUGAA